UGAUGAGCAGUUAGAAUUAUACAAGAAUAUCAACCUGUAAUGAUAAUGUGAACUUUUCUUUUUAAACGCAGUCUUUUUUGCUAUUUCUCAUAGUGUUUGCUACCAUAUUGAAGUGCACCUCAUAAUACCGGAGGGGGACUUCUCACCCUUAGGGAACCUCAGCUUUCCCUCUACCAACACCAUAAUUCUUUGAGUUUUUGGCAACGAUCAGCGUUGGGAACGGACUGAAAAUUUUAAUUUGACAUCUUUGACGAUUUGCUAAAUGUUGUCUGGAAGCCUCGUUCGUAAUGUGCGCCAUGGUAUUGCUGUAACGAAAUCGUUGCAAGUAUCUGGUGGAACAAUUACAGCCAAGCGCGCCAAUCUUUACCCAUUGAUUAGUAGAAUGGCUCGGUUUUAUGCCACCAAAAAAGAAUAUCCCCCUCACACAAUUUUAAAUAUGCCAGCCUUGUCUCCUACAAUGACUGCUGGUAAUAUUGGAGAAUUCCAGAAAAGCAUUGGAGAUAAAAUUGAGCCUGGUGAUGUUUUGUGUGAAAUCGAAACUGAUAAGGCUCAAAUGGACUUUGAACAACAAGAUGAGGGUUACUUGGCUAAGAUUUUAAUUGAGAGUGGUGCUAAGGAUGUUGCUGUCGGUAAGCCCGUUGCUGUCACUGUAGAGAAUGCCGAAGACGUGGAAGCUUUUAAGGAUUUCAGUAUUGAAGAUUCUGCUCCUGAAACUACUGAGACUCCUAAAGAACAACCCAAGGAAGCGAAGGAAGAAAAGGCUGAUGUUACUGCUGAAGCUGAGACUGCCAAGACCGAGACUAAGGAAGCCACUGCCGUCCAUGAUGAUCGUAUCUUUGCAUCUCCUAUAGCCAAAAAAAUGGCCGAAGAGAGAGGUGUUAACUUAUCUCAAAUUCGCGGAUCUGGUCCCAAUGGCCGUAUUAUCAAGGUUGAUGUUGAAAACUUCAAGCCUGAACGUCCUGCCGCUCCCUCAAAUAAAGCUGCUGCUGCUGCGACUAGUCCUGCCGCUUCUGCUAAGGAUGCUGCUGCUGCUGGCACCUAUGAAGAUUUACCUUUGAGCAAUAUGCGCAAGAUUAUUGCUUCUCGUCUUACUGAAAGUAAGCAAAUUAACCCCCACUAUUAUGUUAGCGUUGCCAUUGAUGUAGAAAAGAUUGUUCGUCUCCGCACAGCCCUUAACUCUAUUGCUGAUGGCCGCUACAAACUUUCCGUUAAUGAUCUCGUAAUUAAAGCUGUUACUGCCGCUUUGAGAGAAGUACCUGAAGUCAAUUCUGCUUGGAUGGGUGACUUUAUUCGCCAACACAAGAAUGUUGACAUUUCUAUGGCCGUUGCUACUCCUUCUGGAUUGAUUACUCCCGUCAUCCGUAAUGCUCAUAGUCUUGGCCUUCGUGAAAUUUCCAAUAUGGCAAAGGAUUACGGCCAUCGUGCCCGUGCCAACAAAUUGAAGCCUGAAGAGUACCAAGGUGGUACUUUCACUAUUUCCAAUUUGGGUAUGUACCCCGUUGAUCAAUUCACUGCUAUCAUCAACCCUCCUCAGGCUUGUAUCUUGGCAGUGGGUACUGUUAGCGAAAAUGUUAUCCCUGAUAAGACCUCUGAGAAGGGCUUCAAGGUCGCUCCUAUCAUGAAAUGCACUUUGAGCGCUGAUCACCGUGUUGUUGAUGGUGCCAUGGCUGCCCGUUUCACCACCGCUCUUAAGAAGAUCAUGGAAAAUCCUUUGGAGCUUUUGCUUUAAACGGUCUUUCCUGUUCAAAGUUCAAGAGAGUGGAUUCAGCGUCCUUCCUUCGAACGUAGCUGGUGACUGUGUAAUAUUUGCUGUGUUUUUAAAUCUUCAUAUAUAAAUGUUUCAAGUCGAUUGUGGAACAUUAUCUUCAUGAGGUUCUAUGCAUUUAUUUCUUUCGUUUAAUCUAAGUAUAUGUAGUGUUUUAAAACUAUAUAUUUACCAUAAUGCAAGGGUUAGUACAAUGAUUUGGGUGAAUAAGUAAGAAUAGUAAAUGUAUAUAUAUAUAUAUAUAUAUAUCACCCUUACUAAACUUUAAUAAGUGAAAUAACUGG